AUGGUUCUUUUGCUCCUUGGUGCAACACAUAUAGCGUUACUUUCAUUUCUGGCGUAUGCCUACGGCAAUCCCGUAAGAUACGGUUCCCUCAAUAAGCUCCGCAGAGCAAGUCCUCAAACAGGGUUUACCCUUGUUGGGGCUGCUCCUUCCGAUACCACCCUUAACAUACGCAUCGCGCUUGCGCAAAGCGAUUCUGCUGGGCUCGACGCCGCGCUUUAUGACGUGAGUACCCCAACCAGCCCAAACUAUGGACAUCACUUGAGCAAGGAAGAGGCAGCGGCAUUUGUUGCUCCAUCCCCAGAUACAAGACGCAUUGUAGAUGCGUGGCUGCAGGUGAACAAUAUCAAUGCGACUGAACUCACCCCCGCGGGGGAUUGGCUUGGCUUCCAAGUUUCUGUCAGCACUGCCAAUGAGCUAUUCAAUGCAGAUUACAGCGUUUACACACAUGACGCUACAGGGAAAAAUACCAUUCGAACGAUGUUGUAUUCCCUUCCCGAUCAGCUACAAGGCCAUGUUGCUGCAGUGCAUCCAACCACGAUAUUUCCCAGAUACAGGUCCCAAAAAUCUAUGUUAUCCACUAUAGGACGAAGGCGCUCGGCGCAAAACAAUAAUGCUACGGUAUCUGACUCCUGUGGGAGUGACAUGACCCCGGCUUGCCUGCAGUCUCUGUACGGUAUUCCUGCUACCCCAGCGACUCAGCCCUCAAAUAUGCUUGGUGUCACUGCAUACGAUGAUAAUUGGGCCAAUGCGGCCGACCUUCAGACAUUCCUACAGGAUUAUCGUCCAGACAUGUCCGAUACAUCAACAUUUACUCUGUUAUCGAUUGACAGUGGCACAAAUCCUCAGGAUGAGGAUGAUGCAGGUUUCGAAGCCACACGCAUAGUAAUUCAUCUCUCGCAGAAUAUCGAUAUACAGUACACCGUAGGCCUUGCCACAAAUGUGUCUGUGGUUUUCAUUUCUGUUGGGUCAGAAGAUGAUGACAACCUUGGAGAUUGGCUCGAUACAAUCGAUUAUUUGUUAAAUGAGGACUCUCCCCCUCAGGUGCUGACAACUAGCUACGGCGAUGAUGAGGCUUAUAUAUCAACGGAGAUUGCUACCAACCUGUGUAAUGCCUAUGCGCAGCUCGGUGCGCGCGGAGUUUCUAUCUUCUUUGCUUCUGGCGACGGCGGUGUAGGAGGUGCUAAAAGCGGCCAGACUUGCACGGAUUUUCUAGCAACGUUCCCGUCCGGAUGCCCCUAUGUAACAUCCGUCGGUGGGACAACUGGUGUCAAUCCUGAGACUGGUAUCGCCCUGUCGUCAGGCGGCUUUUCCAACUACUGGGCUACUCCAUCGUACCAGAAAUCCGCGGUCUCCUCCUAUCUUUCCUACCUUGGCAGUGAAUAUGAUGGUCUAUACAACGCCUCUGGAAGGGGAUACCCUGACGUCUCGGCACAAGCAAACUGGAUCCCGAUCAUUUGGGACCAGGAGACGAUACUAGAAGAUGGCACAAGCUGCGCGAGCCCCAUAUGGGCAUCUGUUGUCGCGCUGUUGAACGACGAGCUAAUUGCUUCUGGAAAGCCGCCUCUUGGAUUCCUGAAUCCGUGGCUGUACUCAACGGCUACGUCUGCGCUGACAGACAUCACCUCUGGCAACAACCCAGGAUGUAACACAAGUGGUUUCUCUGCUACCGCCGGUUGGGACCCGAUAACUGGUCUUGGAACACCUAAUUAUGCCGGACUGAGGGCAGCAGCAGGUUUACCAGCAUCGACCUUGUCCUCCGGCGAUUCGUCUACUUCAGCGCCAACGACGAAUGAUGGAUGGGGAUCGAAUUUCUGGGUUACGCUGGUCGAUCCACAGACACAGGUAUCUUUUUAUGCGUGUCCUGCUUCGGGUGAAGUCAGCUGGGACCCACCCGUCGGUAAUUUUCUCCUUCCUCCAAAUCCGGAGGGUGAAUGGUGGGAAAUGAUCGACGAGGCGAGCGGGAUCCCCUACUACUAUCAUACGAAGUCUGGCGAGACAGUUUGGGAGCGGCCGCAAGCUUUUGUGAUUCCUUUGGGUGUUUUGCAAAAUACCGCACUUGGUCGCAGGUUGUCUAUUCGGCGAAACUCGCAGAUAGACGCAGCAGCACCUUCGUCGAGUACACAAGAACGCAUUCCCUAUCGGAGAUCACAUUCGUAUAUGACUGAGAAGGAAACCCCCAAAGCGAUUCAGACACAGGGCACCAAGUUGCAAAACCGCCGUUCACAAUCCUCUACUCGGAGCUCUCCCGGAAAAACUGGUCAAUCUGGCGUUGCGUCCAAUGCAAGUACCAACAGGAAGUCUCCGCGCCGUCCGGGGUCUAGUAGCGAGUAUCAAAAUGAAGGCAAUAGCGGAGGCCCUCUAUCAUAUCCUCGUGGCCAUCCACUUGCGCCAAUUCCUGGCUCGCCCUAUAUGUCUGAUGCAUCUACUCGACCAGCAUCGCCUGCUGCACGCAAGUCCACAUCGACCACAUCAAUGCACGACCGUCAUGGCAAGACAAAGGAAGGCGAUCGUCCACCCAGACGUUCUGAAACUCUGGACGAGCUUUCCUUGGGCCGAUCUCGCUCGAAAUCGUCUAGCUAUCUCGCGUACAGAUCACCGCAGCCUCAGAGCCUCAACGCUGCGCUAGAGAUGAUCGCGCUUUCCAGCUCUCAGUCAUCGACUUCGACCUCGACCACGCAGGAAAAGUACAGGGCGUCUUCUGAAAAUGGACAUGUUGGGCGCUCCACGACGCCAUCUCUUGGAGACGCCACUAGACUACGUAUCAGCACAGAUACGAGGAAUUUGGGGAUCAAUACUGCGCCAUCAUCUCCAAUCUGGCCAAGAGGAAAGAAGGACAGGAAUGUCGUUUCGCUGUCUCCUCGAAGACCCACACCCGCUUCCCCUCCGUUUGGCACCAGGAGUGUUUCCACGCCUAUGCCUGUAUCUUUGCACGGUAAAGUGAUCAGUAGUCCCAUACCCAACGCAGAGGCUACCAAAAAUUUGAACCCGAUGCUGAAUCCCGCAGCUGCAACCCCUGUGCCAGUAGGCAUGUAUCGAAAGACGACACGUGAAUCAGGAGCGUCAUUGAAUACAGGAAGAUAUCCUGUAUUACCUCAUGAAUUGUCAUCGGAGAUCCAGCAAUUCUCCGAGUCACAGUACGCCAAGCAAUACUUCUCAAUCCACCGCACUGGCUUCCUCUUCAAGCGUAAAGUUCCGGUUGCGCAGUUGAUGUCGUGGCAAAAGAUACCUCUCAGCUCACCGCUGCUAAUGCUCAACAAGUCUCUACAUAAAGAUGCUUUGAAGAUCUUCAAAGUAAUACAGCAUAUUAUGGGCGACCGAGAGCGCGACAGACCAGUUGGUGUACGCCUAAACUCAGACACAUCUACCAUACCAGUCAAUGGCUCGACGACUUCUCUGAAAACAGGAUCAUCGAUGGCUUUACUAGAGGAGGAACGAUGGUUAUUAGGAGAAGGUCUCGCUCAUGGAGAGCUGAGAGACGAGGUCUACUGCCAGCUUACGAAACAGCUCAGUGGUAACCCAAACACUGAAAGCGUCUUCAAGGGCUGGCAAUUCCUUUGCGUCCUUCUUGUUACCUUUCCACCUUCCAAAGAUUUUGAGACAUAUCUGCAAUCAUUUCUGCAGCAAGCGACGUCUCGACAGGAAGGGAGAGUUGACGUCAUGGCAAAAUAUUGCCUCCGACGACUAGCGUAUAUAUCGAGGAAAGGUCCUAGGGGGAAAGCUCCGACGACCGCAGAGAUCGAGACGGCUUCAGACGCUGCAUUCCACCCAUCUAUUUUUGGGGAAUCCCUCGAUACUAUCUUCAGAUUACAAGAGCGGAGCUAUCCUCACAUGAAGGUUCCCAUCAUUUUACCCUUCCUUGCCGAUGGGAUCCUUGCGCUUGGUGGCACCAAAACCGAAGGGAUUUUUCGUGUACCUGGGGACAGUGAUUCGGUUUCAGAUCUAAAGCUCCGCAUCGAGAAAGGUUAUUAUAGUCUCGAUGGUGUGGAUGACCCUCACGUCCUCGCUUCUCUGCUGAAGCUAUGGCUGCGCGAGCUCUGCGAUCCUCUCGUGCCUGAUGAGCUAUACGAUGACUGUAUCACCAGCUCCCAUGAUCCGGAUCAAUGUUUGGGUAUAAUCCAGAGGUUGCCUACCAUCAAUAGACGUGUAGUCCUGUUCAUCAUCAGCUUCCUUCAGGUGUUCCUGGAAGAAAGAACUCAAGCGAUCACAAAAAUGACAUCCCCGAACCUGGCUCUGGUGAUGACACCAAAUUUACUUCGCUGCAACUCGGACUCUAUGGCUGUCGUCUUCACGAACGCACAGUAUGAACAGACUUUUGUUCAUAAUUUGUUAUUGCACCUGCAAUGCAGCUCAACCGAUCCCGACUACGUACCCGCCCAUGGCCAAGGGGCUGUUCCACCAUCGACUCCCAUGGCCAGGACGUCGCAGCCCCGCCGCCGCAACAAUUACUAA